CGUGAAUCCCACGUUAUCUUGCGUGUCGUUUCGAUUUCAACUCUGUUUUGGGAGCGUUUGAUUCGCAGGGUUGGAGGUUUGAUAAGAAAUCACUGACGAUUUGUUUUCUUUUCGUUUUUGUUUUCAUCGUAUCCGAUCCCCCGCCCUGCGUCCUGCGAUCAUGGCACCGCAGGACAAGGGUCGUCCACUGCCGAAGUUCGGGGAAUGGGAUGUAAAUAAUCCUGCAUCUGCUGAGGGAUUUACGGUCAUAUUUAACAAGGCUAGAGAUGAGAAGAAGACUACUGGAAGUGUUGCCAAUAUGGUUUCUUCACAAAGUAAUGAGCCUGCCUACAACAAUGAAAGUUUCCCUCAGUCUCCUCCACCAAAGAAGAGGUGGUUUUGCUGUGGUUGAUGCCACCACAGUGGUUUCAGGGUCUUGACUUGUGUAAUCCAUUGUGAAAGCCCGUAAAUUUGAGGGCCCUAUCCAACGGUGGAUCACUGGAUCACAACAAAGUUGUUGCACCAAAAAAUGACUCAUACUAUUCCUUUUCCCUUUUCACUUUGGCUUUCACGCUUCAUUGACGUUAUAAAAUAAUGUUUAUCACAUGUUAUUCUGUAUUUGCAUUGUAAUACAGAAUGGAAAGGAUAAAUUCCAUUGUCGAGAUCUUUUUUCAAUUUCAUGAUGAUGAUCUUUAUGUGGACCUAUGGUGGAAGGAUUCUGAUGGGAACUUUCUAUAAAUUAGCAUGCUUUGUUUUUAC